UUUUGGCUAAUUUACCGCUGCUCCUUCUUUUCCCCAGUAUUAAACCUUGGGGGAGGGAUCCUUGAGUGCUGCUGUCGCACAACUACGCUAGACUAGAGGCUUUACUUUCCGACUGUUUGAGUCAAGCAGGCGGUGGUGGGUCUACGCUAGGCGGAUACUCAAAAAUAGCUCUGAAAGACGAUCAGGUAUGGCGGAUGCUAACGGAGGGGCUCCGCGGGACUUUACGUAAAGAUGAGGAUUCCUCCGGUGUGGGCGCUGGGAGCUUUCCAGACCGGGUGAGAACUGAGAACUACGAGUGAAACGUGCUGAGAGGAGAGAGGGGGAAAAAAAAAAAGAACAUCUGGAACUGCUGAGGAGGACCUCUGUGCAGGUUCACACGGCCGUCAGCAGGGUGGAGCUUCCUGACCCAUGGAGAAUUACUUCCAGGCCGAGGCCUUCAACCUGGACAAGGUGCUGGAUGAGUUCGAGCAGAACGAAGAUGACACAGACACCCCCAUUCUCUCGGACGCCAAGUGGACCCAGAUCCUGGCCCCGCCAACCCACAUGCUCUCUUUGAAUCCUGCCCUGGCUCACGCAGACCUCAGCCCCCGGGAGAGUCCCCUGUCCUUUAAGACCCUCCCCGACUCAUCCUCCACCUCUUCUCCAGGGACUGAUCCUAAAAGACAUCCCGGUCCUGAACCUCCAUCCUGGGUAGAGGAGAGGCCGGCAGACGUCCACAGCCCUCCCCUCCCCCAGCCCAACAUCGGCAAACUGGUGGGCACUGACAACCUCUCGCCGCCCCCCGUGACUGCCUCUGGCACUGUGGAGAAUGGCUGCCCAUCCAGUCCACAGCUGGAUGGCCUCAGCAAAGGUAUAAGCUCUCCUGUAGACUUCCAGCCUGGUGAUUCUGACCAGGAGAUUAAACAUGAAGAGACAGCUGGCUCAUCUGGAGGAGGAGAAGGCUGCUCUGUCAGUCACACUCGUUUCAGCUUUGAGGUGGGAUUACAGGAACAAACGCCAUCUGAGAAAAUUCACCCAAAUGUGGAACACACAACACAAAAUGGGGAUGAUGGCAGUUCAGCUGUUUUACAGGACUUUGGCCCAGAAAGGCAAACUGGAAAUUUAAAAGAGGAGCAGGGAGAAAGUCUCCUGAAUGGAAGCAGGGUUGUUCAGGUUGGAUGUGAGUUGGAGGAGAAUGGUGCAUCUCCUGUGGAAAGAGUUGGACCAGAGGAGAAGGAAAGGAGAUGUGGUCCAGAAGAACAGGCAGAACAGCUCCACAGAAUAACAAAUUUUCCCAGUGGUUUGGAACAGGAGAGGAGGAGCAGCUCCAAGCCUCAGGAGUCAGAAGAGAAGGAGGAGGACGGCGUUUCCCCCUCUCCUGUCCCCUCAAAAGAAGACUCUGUAACUGAGGAGAAAGAAAUGGAGGAGAGUAAGCAGGAGAACAGUGAUGGAGGAGCAGUGGGGUCAGGUAGCAUCCAACCAAAACUUAACAACCGGUUGCAGCCGGUCAGUGUUCCCUAUGGAGGGGCGCGACCAAAACAGCCCGUCAGCCUCAAGCUCCAGAUCCCCCAGCCUCUGUCGGGCCAGGUGCAGAACCAGCUCGGUCCAUCUGCUGCCAACAAGAACAAGAACCUCGAAAACCAGUGUCGGAAAGGCACGCCCUCUGAAACAUUGCCCAGUGAGACUGACCAGAGUGCAGUCAGUGUGAAUGGAGAUGGCGUCAUCCACUCUCCAGCCCUGAUACCCUCAGAGAGCCCAGACAAUGACCUCCAGGCAGGCCAACAGGGUGCUCUGUGCAGGAAACCUGCCAGCUCCCUGGGAGAGGUUGCCCCUGUGUGGGUGCCUGACUCCCAGGCUCCUGUCUGCAUGAAAUGCGAUGUCAAGUUCACCUUCACCAAGAGGAGGCACCACUGCAGGGCCUGUGGCAAGGUGUUUUGUGCGGCGUGUUGCAGUCUGAAGUGCAGGCUCAUGUACAUGGACAGGAAGGAGGCUCGUGUCUGUGUCACCUGUCACUCUGCUCUGACAAGUGCUCAAUGGGAGACGCCGGCUGCUGCAAGCAAUCAAAGUCCAAACCCCAACAACCCAGCCGAGUACUGUUCCACCAUCCCCCCGUUGCAGCAGGCUCAGGCCUCUGGGGUGCUCAGCUCACCCCCUCCCACUGUAAUGGUGCCCGUGGGAGUCCUGAAGCAGCCUGGCAACGAGGGGUCUGUCUCUCGAGAGCAGAGGCGGGUGUGGUUUGCAGACGGAGUCCUACCCAACGGUGACGCAGCAGAGUCACCCAAACCUCCGACCUCCAGCUCUGCUCCUUCACAGUCACUCGCCAUCAAUAAAUCCUCCACUUCUGAGUCCUCUGAGGCAGCCCAUACCCCUGUUGCCCCGGUGGGCAGCCCCGUGGGCAGCUCUCUCAGCCUGAUCCCGGAGGACGGGCUCCCUCCCAUUCUCAUCUCCACCGGAGUCAAAGGAGGUACGGGAGGCCACAUCACAGAUUAUGCAGUGGAAGAGAGGCCAUCGGAGAUCGGCCUCAUGCAACAGUUGGAGGAGGGAGGCCCAGACCCGCUGGUCUUCGUGCUCAACGCUAACCUGCUUGCCAUGGUCAAGCUCGUCAACUACGUAAACAGGAAGUGCUGGUACGUGACGACUAAAGGCAUGCACGCUGUCGGCCAGGCGGAGGUUGUCAUUUUGCUCCAGUGUCUGCCAGAUGAGAAGACAAUCCCUAAAGACAUCUUCACCCACUUUGUGCAGCUCUACCAGGAGGCCCUCAGUGGUAACGUGCUGAGCCACCUGAGUCACUCGUUCUUCACGCAAAGCUUCCUGGGCAGCAAGGAGCACGGCGGCUUCCUUUACAUCAGCCCCUCCUUCCAGUCACUGCAGGACCUGCUGCUGCCCAACCCGCCCUACCUCUUCGGCAUCCUCAUCCAGAAAUGGGAGACACCCUGGGCUAAAGUCUUCCCCAUCCGCCUCAUGCUGCGGCUGGGAGCAGAGUACCGAUUUUAUCCCUGUCCGCUGUUCAGCGUUCGCUUCAGAAAGCCUCUCUUCGGAGAGACCGGUCACACCAUCAUGAACCUGCUGGCGGACUUCCGUAACUACCAGUACACGCUGCCGGUGGUGAAAGGUCUGGUUGUGGACAUGGAGGUGAGGAAGACGAGCAUCAAGAUCCCCAGUAAUCGCUACAGUGAGCUGAUGAAGGCCAUGAACAAGUCCAACGAACACGUGCUGGCCAUGGGGGCAUGUUUCAACGACCGGGCCGACUCGCACUUGGUGUGCGUCCAGAACGACGAUGGGAACUACCAGACGCAGGCCAUCAGCAUCCAUCACCAGCCGCGCAAAGUUACUGGAGCCUGCUUCUUUGUGUUCAGUGGUGCUUUGAAAGCCUCGUCUGGUUUCUUAGCCAAGACCAGCAUUGUGGAAGACGGCGUCAUGAUCCAGAUCACAGCUGAGACGAUGGACUCUUUACGGCAAGCCCUGAGGGACAUGAAGGACUUCACCAUCACGUGCGGUAAAGCCGACCAGGAGGAGAACCAGGACCUCGUCCUCAUCCAGUGGACGGAGGACGACCACAACUUCAACAAAGGUGUCAUCAGCCCAAUUGAUGGGAAGUCCAUGGAGUCCAUCCCGAGUGUGAAGAUCUUCCACGGCUCCGAGUUCAAAGCAAACGGCAAAGUCAUCCGCUGGACUGAGAUAAAGCAGUACAUGAUGACAGACAUGUUGAGUGCAGCUUUAAGACCCUGUUUUUGUUCUCAGAAGGUGUUCUUCCUCCAGAGUGAAGACCAACCCAAUGGUCUGAGCGACCCGGCUGACCACAGCCGUCUGACGGAGAACGUGGCGAGAGCUUUCUGCAUGGCUCUCUGUCCGCACCUGAAGCUACUGAAGGAGGACGGCAUGGCCAAACUGGGACUGAGGGUCACUCUGGACUCUGACCAGGUGGGUUACCUGGCAGGAAGUAACGGCCAGCCGCUCCUGCCUCAGUACCUGAGCGACCUGGACAGCGCUCUGAUCCCAGUCAUCCACGGCGGGGCGUGUCAACUUAGCGAGGGCCCGGUAGUCAUGGAGCUGAUCUUCUACAUCCUGGAGAUCAUCUCCUAGGAGCUUCAGACAUCCCACCAACCUGCACACUUCACCUCCAAACUUUUUUUGUUUUGGUUGAAGCUCUGACAUCAUCUCCCUUCAGCCAUUUGCACUUCAAAAGAGCCUGAAAACUGUGCCGUGCCAGGCAGGGUAGCAUUCCUCAAGUCAAACCUAUGCAUCCACCCACGGCCCAAGGAAGGUCUGAGUAGGAUCGCCUGUCACCUCAGCUGUCAGGACAUCUCCACAGAUCACACUGUGUCCGUCCUGAUACCCACACUUCUGCUGCUUCUGAGAACCCGCCACGUGACAUGCAUCAGGUGGCUGAAAUUGUGCAUUUUGUGAUCUCGGAUAACAAACGCUUUCAGGAAGUCAUCAAGAGGUUAAGUCAAGCUUAUUGUCUCACUCGGGGUUUAAGUAAGAAGAGUGUUUAUUUUAAUGUAAGGAUCAUUGGAUGUUUGGCCUUGUUAAGAUAUAUAAAUAAGUAAAUAUUGAUUACUAGGAAUCAGUGCCAUUAGAGUUGGACUCUAAUGGCAAUGAUUCCUAAAAGCCGAGCAUGAUAACUCGGAGCGUGGGAUAUAAUUGUGGUAUUUAUCAGGCGUCUCAGAGCAUUCCUCUGAAAUGCAGCCUUGGCUUCUCAAUUUUAGUCAAAUUAAUGAACUAUUAAACAAGUAAAAUCAGGAUUUGUGUGAAUAAGCUCAUGAAUUAUUCCGUGUGUUAUCAGAUGAGCUGUAGGAUUAACAAUCAGAUCAGAAUGUUUGCUGGUUUAAAUGCUGCAGAGUUUUUAAGGUGAAAGCAUCCUCUCCUUUCCAUUUGAUACAAACCUGUAGCGAUCACUGAAGUGGUGCCUGUGUAAUCCUAGCAGUCUUCACAGGUCAGGACACCCUGAGCUCUCGUACAUUUUGGCUGAGACACAAAUGAUUCCCUACAGGUCCCCUCAACACUGUGAGAAUAAAGCAGGAACUCUCGUGGCUACAUGAAUACAAACUAAUGGACCAGAAUCUGACGUACAGACUAAAAUACAGGUUCAGGGGGCGUCUUCAAACUGUUAUUGAGCAGCCUGAUAGGACCUGUCCUGCAGUGUCAAGUGCAGCUUAAGAGUUGAUAAAACGGCCGAAGAUAAUGGGGGAUAAUACAGCUCCUUUAAUACAAAGUUAAAGCACCAUGAGGAGAAGUUAAGGUUAAACCUGCUGUGAUACUUCCCGGUGGCCCAUAAAGCUGCACUUCAGAGCUGAAGUCCAUCAGUUUGGGCCAAAUAGUCAGUAUUGCUUAUGAAGGCAGCUAACUGAGUGAAGUGAAUUAGAAGCUGGCAAACUUCUCUUAACACUAAAGAAAUUAUGUGAACUGCUGCUGCGUUUCCAUCUUAUAAUCUAACCUGCAGAUAUGUUUUGACACUCUGAACACUACUGUUUAAAAUCUGCUCGUUACGAUGUUGCCUUAUGUGAAGCGCUGCUCUGAAUUAGAUGUCCCAUAUAAUCCUCCUUUUGGACUCUAAGAAUGUCCCAGAUAUUUAUAUUUAAAAAAAAAAAAUAAUAAUAAAAAAAAAGAGCUUUGUCUCAUUCAGUAUGACAUGAAAACUAGCGACUGAGCACAAAGUCGUCAUGAAGGUGUUCACUGAGGUCACAGAGUAAGCGAGCUGAGAGCAGGUUGUCCCGUAGACUUCUACAGGACCUGCAGCCCAGGAUUCUCCCCCUGGUGGUCGUUACAGAGAAGACAAAAUACAAUGAAUGUGGCUGCUACUCAGACGCUCGUGAGUGUGAGUAUCUGGACCGACCUGCUGCCUGACCACACAUCACUCCAGCAUCGCUGUGGCAGCCGGAGGUCCUGAAGCAUUGAACUCUGGGUAAAACCUGCCUCUGUGUAGCACGGAUGCUAGUGCAAGGGAGACUCGUAUCCAAUGCUGAAAUUGAAAAGUUUGGACUAUUACUGUUUCAAGAAACUACUAAUGAUCAUCAUUAGAGGAGAAGGAGGGAGGUGGUGACUUUUUUUUUUUUUUUUUUUUUUUGCACCGUGGUGCUCAGUGCCUGCAGCAGCAACUCAUCAAGGGAGGGGGAAAAAAUUAAAACCAUUUCAGCUUCACUUCUUAAGCUUUACUCAUCAGUCCCCAGAUGCUUUACUUCACUUGUUGUACAUACUUUUGUAAGCAGAAUGAUUUCUCCUCCGUUACACCUGAAACAUCUGUAGCCUCCAGAGAUCCCAGCAUUACCGGAGUGAUGCUCGUGUGUUACUCUGGCGUUCAGACAGCCGAUUUAAAUAAAGGUUCCGAUGCUUUAUCGAUAAUCAAUCUGUACAUAAAUGUGGGGGGAAAUCAGAAGAGGCAGAGAUCGGGGUUUUUUUUUUUUUUUUUAAAUCAUCAAUCGUUUGUUCAGCAGAGGUUGGAAAAAUCUCGCCUCAUUUUUGUCUUUUUAAUCAUAAAAAGAGAAUAACUGUUAAAGAUGUAAAGGUAUAUAUAUAUAAAUAAAUAAAUGAAUAUAUAUAUAUAUAUAAACUGUAUUAAAUUGCAGAUGCAGUGCACUGGAUUUAAGCCAUUUAUAGGAGAGUUAAAGCAAGUGUCAGGGUGUCCUGGAAGUAAAAGUUCAGUAUUUGUAGAGACCCGGGGUUCCUGCAGAGACUUAAAUGACCUGAAGCUGAAUGUAUCAAGUUUUCUGCAUCCUUCCAAACCUCGAAGUCAGGACUUUUCCAAACACCCUGAACCUCUGAGGUGUUUUAGAGCUGAUCUCUGGAACAAAUCAGGCAACGUUGGAGGUCCUCCGUCUGCUUUGGACUCUCUGCUCUCCUUCAGCAACAUGGACCUGGACAAGAAGUCUAAGAAUGUAUUCCUCAUGUUUCUGUUCAAAUCUACAAUAUGUACUUUUGUUUCUGGCCAGACUAAUCACCAAAAAAAAAAAAAAGAGGAAAACCCCACCCGCUGUGUUUAAAAAAAAAAAAAAAAAAAA